AUGAAAAUUGCGAUCGAGGGCUGCUGCCACGGCCACCUAGAUUCCAUCUAUUCCUCCAUCGCCGACAUCGAAGCUAAGAACAACUACCACGUCGACUUGCUCUUAAUCUGCGGAGAUUUUCAGGCCGUACGAAAUGAACGAGAUUUGCAAUGUAUGGCGGUACCGAACAAGUACAAACAUCUAGGAGGGUUUUACAAAUAUUACAUUGGGGAAAAGACUGCACCGAUAUUGACCGUUAUCAUUGGUGGGAAUCAUGAAGCGAGUAAUUACUUUUGGGAACUAUUUCACGGUGGAUGGGUAGCACCCAAUAUCUACUUUCUCGGCAACGCUGGUUCUGUACUAAUCAAUGGAAUUCGCAUCUCUGGUGCUUCAGGCAUAUACAAAGGUCACAAAUUCAACAAAGGUUACUAUGAGCGACAACCAUACAACCAAGACGAUCUACGCUCCGUCUAUUACAUUCGUGAAUCAGCCGUCCGGCAAUUAUCACUCCUUCCCCCAUCCUCUUCCUCAUCUUCCCCAACGACGAUUUUCCUAUCCCACGACUGGCCACUCAAUAUAACCUCCUACGCUUCUCCCUCCAAUCUCAACCAACUUCUCCGCAAAAAGCCGCACUUCAGACAAGAAGUAUCCGAGGGAAAGUUGGGUAGUCCUCCUCUUAUGGGUCUACUGCAGGUGUUAAGACCGCGAUGGUGGUUUAGCGCGCAUUUGCAUGUAGGGUUUGAUGUUCAAGUUUGGUGGGAGACGCAGGAGGAGAGUAAACAGGCGGAUGAGGAAAAGGUUGCGAACCCGGAUGAGAUUAUCAUCGACGGUGAAUCCGAAUCUGGGCCGGCAGAGGACAUAACACUCGUACAGAAUUCGACAUCGAUACCAGCUGCUGCGUCAAUACCACCUCCUAAUAAGAACCCUGAUGAAAUCACGCUGGAUGAUCUGGACGGAGACGUCGAUUUCGAUGUCGCUGUACCUCCAGCUCCGCUGCCGCCACCACCAACAUCAGGAUCGAUGUAUCCUCUUCCUCCUAACAAGGUCACCAAUGGAUGGUUCACCCACUUUGUGGCAUUAGACAAAUGCCUGCCACAGAGAAAGUUUUUGGAGGUAAUCGACGUCGAUACGCCCGGAUUCCCGUCAUCUGCUUCAAAAGCGAAUUUGGGAGAAGAUCCUACACUAACCACUACAGAUACCUCAGCAUCUUCACCACCAGCGCAACACAUACCCAUAUCCUCAUCUGCUCAACCAAUCUUAACCUUUGACCCCCACUGGCUCGCUAUAACACGCGCCUUCCACUCCCACAUCUCCCUUACCCGCCAACAAAAACCCUUUCCGGAAGAAACCGCUGCGCGGGAGAUGGUGGCCAGGGAGUUAGAGUGGGUGAAGGCAAAUGUUCGGGAGGAAGGCAGGGUACCCGUUGGAGAUGUGCAGCAGUUUGUGAGAACUGCUCCCGGGCCGGAGUCAGUUUCGGUUUCGGGAGGAGGCGGAGCAGAUGUCGGGGAGGGUUUCCACGGUGAAACAGGAGGUAGAGGAGGUGGUCAAGAUGGGCGCGGAGGAGGGAUGAGUGGUGGAGGUGGUAGGUGGGAACAACCCCCGCCGUAUUCGAAUCCCCAAACGGAGGCUUUUUGUAGGAUGUUGAUGAUGGAUAAUUUUGUUAAUCGGGAAGCAUCGAGCUCAUAG